AUGGAUCCACAAUCCAGCAAUGCUCUAAUUCAGAAUAUUGUGCCGGAUUUUCUAAAGAAUGGCGACCACAUGCAGAUUGCCACCCUGCCCCUUUCAUCAGCGAUGAAAGAGCUCCACAAGAUUCCGGUCAGCGCUCUUUUAGAAGUGCGGAGUUGUGCUUCCAUUUUGACAGACGUGAAUGAAUGUGUAAGUGGAAGCCACGACUGUCACAGCUUGGCCUCCUGUUUCAACAGCCCCGGCUCUUUCCAAUGUGUGUGUGAGGCUGGUUACACUGGAGAUGGGAGGAAUUGUACAGAUGUUAACGAGUGUGCGGAUCCAGCAAUGAAUCAGUGUGACCCAAACGCAGAGUGCCUGAACUCUGAUGGUUCCUACAGCUGUGAGUGCAAACCCUACUACACAGGGAAUGGGACACAUUGUGAAGGUUGUUUUUGCCCACCAGAAAUUAUCCCAGGAACAGCUAAUCAGCCAGCUCUUUCAGGCAAUCCCUGUCCGUGCUUAUCAGGCUUUAUCAUGUCCAAUAACUUCCCAAGUCUGUACCAGAACAGUGCAGACAUGUACUGGUUCUUCAACAUGGCUCAGAUGUCUAACGCCACUCGACGAUACACAGGAAUCCGAUUCUGGGUGCAGUCACUGUCUGUGGAGUCUCAGGAGGAUUACAUCUCCUUUGGAUGUGGAACAGAUCCCGAGCGACAGAAACAGUUCACACUGACCGAGAAACACUUGAACAUCACGACCUUUGACCUCUCCAACUGCACAGACUCUUGGGUCCAUUUCCACUCUGGCCCAAACGUGCCAAACACAAAGUUCAAAAUUUACUAUGAAAUGGUGCCACGUCUGUGCCAGAGCCUGAGUUGUGAUGUCAAUGCAGUUUGUCACACAGACAGCUCCAGGUCCCUGGUAUGUAGCUGCAAACCAGGCUGGAGGAGAUCAGGUCCCAGGUGUUACGAGCUCAGGAACAUAGUGCAAGCUGUAACAGCCAAUGUCACAGGGCCCAAUGUCACAUUGAGAUGGACGGUCAUCUCAAUACCAGGAACUGAGAUUCUCAACUACCAAAUUAAUACAAACUGCACAAACCACACCAACGAGGUCAUCCAGCUGCAAACAUACCAGCCUGGAAACACCACCAGUUUACUUUUAACCGGUCUGGGUUCCCUGUCACUGUGUACCACUGUGAUCCAGCUAAACACCUCCUCAGAUGGCCUGGUGACCACUCAGCCCUUUACCUUCAAGACCUACUCUGAAAAGAGUCCAGAAGCUCUGAGUUUGACCUCCAUCUCCACCACCAGUGCUAUGGUCUCCUGGGCCCCUCUUGCGGGUGUGAGAGUUCUGAGGGGCUGCAGUCUGCGAUACUACAGCGUUGGGAGCCCCAGUACUGUCCAGAUGGUCAACUUUACCUUAACCAGUUCGGAAGCAGUGAUCACAGGAUUGAAACCAGACACUACCUAUACCGUGUCCAUUUUAUGUCUCACUGUCUUUAACCAGACACUCAGCUCCAAGCCGCUUAAUAUCACUACUCUCCCAUCUUUGAGAUUCAUCGUCAAUGUGUAUGCUUCCCAUAUAACCUCAUCUACUGCUGUGAUUGGCUGGGAUCUACACCCUGCAGACGCUGCCCUGGUUUGGUCCUACUCCAUUACCUGUGGUCCUUAUGAAGGUGGUGGACCCAACAAGAAUAUAAUUGCAUUCCCUCCAAUAACCACUGUGAUCCUCACAGAUCUGAAUGAGUCAACUGUCUACAUUGUAACUGUUUCUGCAAAAACACUGUUUGGACAAGAGGACACUGGUUCGAUGUUGAAGUUUAUGACACAAAGCUUUACUGUUCCAUCAAACAAGACCCCAGCAGCACCCCAGGAAGUGAGGGUAGGAGAGUUUGAAUCGUACUGUGUGCUUGUCAGCUGGAAACCACCUUCUGUGCCCCCGAAUGACACCAUACAAUACAACGUUAAUGUCCAGGCCCCAGGCUCCUGGCCUGUACGAUAUACAACAAAUACAAACUAUAUCUACUUGCGAGAUUUGCCUCCGAAACCCGCCUAUAACAUCACAGUUUCUGCGGUGAACCGCCAAGGUGAAGGAUUGCCCAGUAAGAAGGUCUCCCUCAGGAUGCUGGGAAAACCAAAACCUACACCAGUGCAAAAGAUAAAGCCAAGGCUGCUAAUCAAUGAGGCUGUCUCUAUAAGGGCAUCAAGUAUAAUGUUGAGACUACCAGAGUGCGGGAUGUUCGAUAUAGCUGCCAGACAGUUGGAUACAUCGUAUGGUCAACUCUCGAUUUAUGUCGUUGUUGCAGAGAAUGAAGUUGCCUACAAGAAUUUUACACUGCUGUCUUUGAAUGCAAUCAAUGGGGUCUCCAAUCAAUCUGACCCCGGACAGCAAAGUCCGUAUGUUGCACAGCAACACCUCUCCGUGUACGACUGUGAUGAUGGAAGGAAUCUGGACCCUUCUAGGACCAUGCAGUACUAUGUGAUUGGCUCCAAUGGGACAUGCCACUCUGUGGACAUCUGUGACAAGCCACUGCGCUCCAACACAACCUACAGGAUCAAAUAUCUUCUGGUUGAUCAAGACAGAGGCGAGAUCAUGAGCAGCAAUUGGUCGGAUAAAUUCCAGACAAAACAAGGCCCAGCCGCCAGCGCCAUGUCCUUGAUCCGAAGCGAAGAGGCAGAUCCUGAAUCCAUCCCAGCCAGAAUGGGGAUCAAACCACAUGCUGCCAAAAACAACCUGAUCUACGCCAGCCGUCUGAUCAGCUAA